AUCUGACAGCUGCUUGUACAGGAAGUGAGAACCUUGUUGGAGUGUCAUGGAUGAAGAUGGGCUGCCCAUCGUUGGCUCCGGGAUAGAUCUCACAAAGGUGGGGCUUCUAUACUGAGUAAUACAAGUACUGUACACGUUUACAGUGCAGAGCUAUGGCAUGUUCUUAUUUAUAUGGAUAUCUAUAUAUAAACAUAUACAUUCCCCAUCCAUGUCAGCCAAUGUAAAUGCCAAAAAUAUAAUGGUAACACUGAGUUGGAGUGGAGAAGCUCAGAUAUCACUAUCUAAACUGCAACAUGUUGUGUACACAAGUAACAGGAAAAUAAUACUGACAUAUGUUAAGGUUUUGUUCCUAUAUCAAUAUUGAAAUAUUCCCUCACUGGUCGGGUAAUUAUGAGUGGUAAUAGAUCCCAUUUUACCAUUUAUAAAUGUAGCUGGGAUUAUUUGUUAAAUAUGCUACCCCAGUUGGAAUACUGUGGUAUCCCUACAUAAGGCUGCUCCUUUCUACCUCACCUCCCUAAUAAACAUGUAUGUUCUGUCUAAGCCGCUACAUCUGCCAAAGACUUAUUAUUAUUAUUAUUAUUAUUAUUAUUGUCACUUCUAAAAGCAUAUCAAUUAAAAUGUUUAUCAUUUUCCUUCCUCACAUCUUGUUCUUUUCCUGCAACUGUGAUCAAAAAAACAGCUAAGCUCUCUGUGAAUUCUUUUCUAGGAACCUACUUGCCUAGUACUAUCCUUACCUUUUGUCAUGUUACCCCAUCCCUCUAGCAUGUAAGCACAUUGAGCAGGGCCCUUAACCCCCUCUGUUCCUGUGCGUCCAACUCGUUUGGUUACAAAUACGUGUCUGUUAGUCCACCCAUUGUACAGUGCUGCGGUAUUUGUUGUCUCUUUUUAAAGAAUAAUAAUGCGUCUUGUUUUCUCUAGGUGCCAGCGAUCCAGCAAAAAAGAACGGUGGCUUUCUUGAACCAGUUUGUUGUGCACACGGCUCAGUUCCUUAACCGUUUUGCAACCAUUUGUGAGGAGGUAAUUUGUAAACCCCAAUAGCAGUUUACAAUGCUUGUGUUAAUAUUUUGGAUAUGAUAUAAUAGUUUCUCAUAGGGUAAGAUCAGGUCAUCAGAUAUAAAGUUACUAAAAGAGAAAACCUUCAUGCAAUAAUUGGUAGAGAAUAGAAAAGGAUAGUUUUGGUGGUUCACUAUAAGACCAUCGAUAAUGUUUUAAUAAAUUAAUUCUGGUUCAAGCUUACAAACACAAUUUCACAGUGAGUGAGAGAGUGUGUGUUUGUUUUAUUACUUUUAGUGGACCACUAAAUGCCCUUAGACCAGUUCAUCUCAAUGCCCCUGUAGUUUUAAUUCUGCAAUGUAAAACAUUGCAUUGCAUUCCAUUGCAGAGUUAAACAUACUUCUAGUGGCGCUUCUAAUGCAAACAACCGAGUGUAACUCGGUCAUGUGACUAAAUGCAGCUCAUAGGAAAGCGAUGCAUUUAAUACUUUCCUAUGCAGAGCAUUGGAUUGGACGAUUGCCAAGGAUGCGAUGCAUCCACAAUGACGUCGUGUGAGAUGAAGUGGGCAGCUGGACAUAGGGAGUCUCAAUGUUGGGUGGAAACAAAAAAGUAAGUAUAACUUUUUUUAUUUUUAAUUUGUGUUGGGGAGGGGGUCUAAAAUCUAAUUAGGGACAAGGGAGCUAUAGUUUUAGAAAUACGAGUUUGUAUUCAUAACACUAUGGUGUUCCUUUAUCCUUCAUUCUUUUCUUUAUUCAUAUAUAAAGCUUAAUUCUGUGUUUAGACAGACUCCACUUACUGCUGCACCUCAGUCUGACAGCCACUAGAAGUGCAUCCUCUGGCAAAUAUAAACCUUCCAGUUUCUCUGAAACAAGAGUGUUGCUUUACUAGAGAAAUGGGACAGCAUCUCUGUACCAAAACUACUUCAUUAAGAUGAAGUGGUUUUGGUGCAUAGAGCGUCCGUUUAAAAUAAUAUUUAUUGAUUUAGCCACAGCUUAGGGGUUACACGUGUUUGUGGAAUAAAGAACCCAGACAGAGCAGUAGCUUGAUGGCCAAUACAUUGAUACAUUAACACAGUACUAAGCCAAAUACAUAUACAGGGUUAUUUACUAAGGUGAGAAGUGCAAGUAGAUUCAAAAUUAAUUUUAAAUUUAAGGCCCGAUUGGGAUGCAUAGCUGACUUGGAGAAUAUUUACAGUUUGGCUAGAUUUUUUUUAUAUAUAUAUAUAUAUAUAUAUGUAUAUGUAUAUGUGUAUGUGUAUAUUUUUUCGUAUUGGCAAGACAACAUGCGAUAAUAGUACACUAUGGUGCACGCAAUGAGAAUAGGAAGUACAUAAAUAUAUCAUCAGGUGUCGCAGCACCCAUACAAUGUGCAGUACAUAACUGUGUACAUUUUGUUGGUAAUAGGCAUUUACAUUGUGUAUAAUGCAUAUUUGGAUAGUGUAACUAAUGCAUCACCUGCGGUUGUCCACCGCUAAAUUUUAAUGUUUAACACGAAACAUGAAAAGAGAACUAACACAAGGGCAAGGCAUGCAUAAAAGUGGUACAUCAUGAUAGGUUAGCGGUGCAUUCUCAAGCUGGCGUGUUGGUCCCACCAUCCUAUGCCUUAGAGCUCCCGCGUCUUUCAUGGAGCCACAUGGGCAGUUAUACCUAGUGUUGUCCGUGGGAGAAGAAAGGAUUACAGUACUACCAGGUUGGCUGUUUUAACCUUAAAUUUAAAAUUCACUUUGAUUUCACCUUGAAUUCUAACUUUGUUUCUUGAGUUGACAAAUAUUUCAUUGCCUGGAACCAUACAAAUCUGAUUACUUAAUCUGAGUACUUAAUGCACACUAAUUCAAAAGUAUAUGUAAGUUUAUGACUGUACAGUUUGUACAUUUGAUUAACGAAUGUUUGAAUUCUUAUUUAAUUUAGAAACUGGCAGCCCUAUCUCUCCGUGUUCAACAAAUUGAAACCACUUUAAACAUCUUGGAUGCCAAGGUCUGUUGGAAAAAAAUAAUAAUAAUAAUUAAAAUGAGGUAUUUCUUUCUAGGGCUGUGAGCCUAUUUCUAUAAAUUUCACUUCAUUUAGGUAGUGAUCAAAGGGAGAAUCAUGUAUUCAUUUAUGACAUAAAAGGUGCACAAACAUGGCAGUUCUUCCAUUCUAUAUCUCUCUAGCUUGUUAAUUACAACAAUGGUAUCCAUUUCAGUGAAUGUAAAUUAUGCCAAUUACAUAUGUAUAUGUAUGUCCUGUGUGUGAGGCUUUCCUGACAGAUAUUGAAGAUGGUGAUGUCAGAGAAAGUAGAAGAGUUAACUUCUUCAAAGGCAUAUUAAAGUCACCCAGGCCACUUCAUCUCAAUGUGGUUAAAUCAUCUUCUGGCGACUAUCAUAGUGACAGCCACUAGAUGCACUGCUUGUUGCAGUAGCAUAGUUAAACUCUGUCAUGUGACUGAAGACCCCAUUAGAAAGCAUUGAUUCAUUGCUGAGGAGCAUUGGAUUUGAUGGACUCCAGAGGAGGCCAUGACUCUGCAGGAGGAGGAGAGUGAAAAAUUUAUUUUCAAGCUGAACUGGGGAGAACCUUGUUAAUAAAGGACAAGGGACACUAAAGUGUUAGGAGUUCAAACUUGUAUUCCUAAUGCUUUAGUUUUCCUUUAAAGGGACAUCUCAUUGUAGUUGUUUUCAAUGUAUAACAUUGCAGUUUGCAGUGCUAAGACUACCUCUAGUGGCUGUAAACCACACAGCUACUAGAGGCGCUUCCUGGCAUUUCACAGAGUUUGACACAGAGUAUUGAGGCUAUACUUUCCUACGGGGAAGUCCUAAUGCGCACAUGGAACAUGUGCAUUAGAUCUCCCCCAUUGGCUGUCCAAGGAGGUGAAGCCCGACCCAGCGCAGAGGAACAUGAAGGGUAAUUUAACCCUUCACAUCAUAGGUGGGUGAGGGCUGCAGGGGUAGAGGAAACAUCUUUGUGUACCUUUUAAAGGGGCACUACAGGCACCAAUACAACUUUACCAAUUAAGCAGUUUUUGAGGAAUAUUCACUGUUCAAUUCUUUGCCAUUUAUGAGUUAAAUCACUUUGUUUAUUCAGCCCCAAUCACACCUUCCUGCAAGUGACUUACGCAGCCUUCCUAAACACUUCCUGUAAAGUGAUUUAUACCCUUCCUUCUGACAAUUCCUAUUCAUACUAGCUCUGGCAGCCGUGAUAGGCAGAAAGUGGUCAACUGACACUCUCAGCCAGUCACCGCUGUGCAGGCUAAUGCUUUCUUAUUAACCCAAGCAGCACAAAAGGGGUGGGCUCCUGGGGACUCUAGUUUAGCAUUAAAGGGCCAACCUACACCCAUCAAGCACUAUGAGAAAUUAGUACUCUUUAUUACUGAAACACUCCCUGGCUCUCAGUCAAACAGCCAGGGAGGUUUGGUUCCUGUGGAAAUGACAGACGUGCUUUACUUGAGCGUGUCUGCCUCCCCCUGCAUACCUCCUUCUCAGUUUAGACCAGCGUUUUGUUUUUUAACUCUGUGCAGUUCAUUAUUUGUUGGGGGGGGUUUGGGUUUGUUUUUUUUGCUGUAUGUACAAUCUAGAGUGUGGGAAAAUAGAAAGGAAACUGAAAGUUAACAGGCAAUAUACUUACAACUGUCAGCAGUUAUUUUAGAGAACAUGAUUGUGAUACCAAUGAUUUUGCAUCCCAGGUCAUAGAGCAGGUUCUGCACUCGUUAACAAGGAAUAUUCUAUUCUACAUGUUAUCCAGGAUUGAAUCUUCACUUUGAGGACCAUGUCCACUCUUGUGGAGUGUGAAGCUUGUAUUAGAGGGAUUCUUUAGGAACCCAAAACACUUCCUCCAAAUGAAGUGUAUGUGUGCAGUGCCCUUGGUGGUUUUUCUCCUGCAAUGUAAAACAUUGCCGUUUGCCGGCUAGACACACCUCUAGUAGCUGUUACGCUGACAGCCACUAGAUGGUGCUUCCACAAUGAGUACAGAGUCCAACAUGCUUCUCAACAUUUAACUUCCUUAUGCAUUGCAUGUGAAUGUCGAAAGCUCCGUCAGUGCUUCUCAUAGGGAAGCGUUGGAUUCAAUGUUUUUAAAUGAGGAGUGGAAUAGGAGUCAGCAGGCGUGAGCAUGAAACAUGUUUCGUGUUUGACCUUUAAGAGCAUGUUUUAAUGGAAGGAAAGGAAUAGGAACGAGAGAAGAGAAACUGGAGAUUUUUUUUAUUUUUUUUUAUUUUUUUUUGUAUCUCUUAAUUUUUGCAGUAACUGAUAUGUAAUACUUCUGCUUAUGCUGAAGUGCAUCAUAUUUCUUGGUAAAGAUUCCUUUAAGUUGCCUGUCUUCUAAUAUGAUGUAUCCAGUGUUUGAAGCAAGUUACUUAGAAUUUGCAGUGGAUUGAUAUACUUGUCUUAGUGAAUCUCAGUUUUUAGGUUGCUUUUGUAUCCUUGAGUUGGAUGCUAGAUGUACCCCAUUUUCACGGCAUGUCUGUUCAAUCAAUUAAAUACAACAUUUAGUCCGGUUUUUAUUUAAUGACUAUUGCACAGUGUACAUAUCUGAUCAUUAUUAUACAUACUGAGUAUUGCUUUAACUGCAUUGGCAAGGUGUAUUUUUAUUUAUUUUUUAUGUCAAAAGGUGUUAACGAAAAGGCAGUGUUUACAUUAAGAAGCCUGCAGGGAAAGACUAUAUACACCAGAACAACCACAUAGUUGUUCUGGUGACUACAGUGUCCCUUUAACUUUAGCCUCUGUGUUUGAAAUACUUCCUGUAAGAGAUUUUGUUAAGAUAUGUUUUAUUUACUUUACUGUUUAUCAGCGCGGACUGGGAGUCCUUCAAUUCAGUCCUGUUAAGGUACGGGAUAGUACAAAAGGUGUAGAAUGUAAGAAUUGUGCUUUGUACUUCUGUGAGCCUUUGUGUGCAGUGCGUUGUUACUGUUUGUUUAAGAUUUUAAACUUCUACAUUUGAAGUCAAAAAAUGUUUUGACUGUUCACUCAGCUGCUGAAACUUCAUUAGGGUCAGUGUUUGAAAUGUUGUAUAUACUGCUAUUUUUGGACGGACUGUCCUCACUCAAGUGGGCGACCGAUUGGAACACCUAGAUUAUCAGUGAACACAUAAAUGGUAAGGCAGCUUAAAUAGAGAUGUUUCCUGUGUAGGCCUUUGGUACACAUUUCUAAGAGUUGUAGUUCAGUGGUCCGCUUUUAAUGUAAGUUAGGCAUGACAUUGUGUAUGUUUGGAGCAAAAAAGGAAACUGAGGACAUUAGAAGGGAAAGAGAAGAAGGGUGGGUUUAUGGGAUAAAACAAAUUAUUAGUAAAUUAAAAAACUAAAUGCUUUUAACUAAAAAAAAAACAAAACGUACAAACCAUGAUGUUGCCUACAAAUUGCUAUUAACAUGUUCUUCUGCAUCAAGUGUCCUGUUCAGUAAAGUGUUCAGAGUAUAUUGCCAUUUAUCCAAUGCGUCAUUAAUUUGUCUUCUGUGUAUUUACAAUUUUUUUAUUUUUUUAGCUCUCUUCCAUACCCGGCCUUGAGGAUGUUAAAGUGGAAAAACAACAUGUACCUCCAGAUACCAUUCCCAAUGGCCAUAUACCAACACAAGCAGAUUCACAAUCCUCACUCUCUGUCUCUCCUCAGUCCGAUGUAAGUUUUGUUACUAUAAUAAGUUUUCUGUAACUCGUAUGUUUAAUAAUGCAGGAGCUAUUAGGAAAAAAACCUAGCAUGUAAAUUCAUAGGUUCAUCUAAAAGCUGAAUCUUAAUCAUUUGAAAAUGAAAUGCCUUAGCCCUGUAUUGUCAUUGAUUUUUAAAUUUAAUUUUUAAAGAAGGGUAAAAUACUUAAUUGAGCUACCUUAUAGUCAUUCAAAAUAGGUUAAGCCAAACUGACUAUCAGAUCAACAAAUUCCAAUGUUUUAUGGACAACAGAGUCUUUUUAAUCAAGCGUAGUUGAACAGUGCCAUUGUCCAUCUUCUGACCAUGAAACCCGGCAUCCAUUACAAAAAAAAAAUCUAAUAAUAAUACCUAAUGGAACAGUAGUUAUAAAGUCCAUCUCUCCAUGGCCAACAGUAGGCCAACUUUAAACUAUCAUUUAUGAUAAUCUCAACAUAUGACCACUGUGAAGCCUCAAGAGCAGAUGUUGGGGAGCCUCAAUUUCAUAGCGUCAGUAAUGUUGAGAUAAAAAGCAAGGCAAGUCUUAGUGUACGUGAUGGAAGGGAAUAAAGAUUUUGUUCCUAGAGGCAGAUCUUAAAAUAAAUAAAGAAAAACAAAAUAAUUAGCAUUUUGCCAGAGACCUUUUCAAAGGAAAUAGAUAUUCCUCCACUUAAUGUCACUUAUGUUACUGAGAAUUGAAUCUACUGCUUUGUGUGGUUCCUACAAUGGGUGUGUUAACCAACUGAGAUCUCACUUGAUUCCCUAGCUGUUUCAUGAAGCUCAACUAAACUAAGGGUUAGUAAUUGCUUGUGUUCUGUGGCUCAGGGCCAACACAUUACUCCAUCCACUCCUCUGCUUUGCACUUGUCCUUAAUUAGCUUUCCACUCACCCUCAGAUCUUGUUCCUGUGAAUGCUCUCAGCAGCCUUUAAUGUGUGUUUCCAGGUCACACAGAAUUCCAUGAAGGAGAUCCCAUUGCAGAAGGAAGAAGUGCAAACAGAAAAUGUCGUCACUGUGGCAAAAGAUCCUAGAUAUGCCAGAUAUCUCAAGAUGGUUCAAGUGGUAAGGAUAUCAACUGAUAAAAAAUGUGAACAACUUAGAGUAGCAACUGGACUUUCAGUGAGUGUAUAGCUCCUAAAUAACUGUUCUGACUUGUAGGCUUUAUGAAACUCUGGUAUUUUGGUUGGAGUAAGCCAUUCUGAGGUGGUCUGCUCCCCCACACUUCCCAUAACACAAAAAUAUAAAUAUCUUUCAAAAUGAAAUUCUGCACAUACAGACACCAGGCAACAUAGCCACGUCAAAUCAAUGAAGUGCUCAUGGUGCUUGAAGUAACCCUUGAUUUAUUUUUAUAUGAAUAUUUUAUGUGAUCAGUGUACGAAUGGAAAAGUGUUUUUGAUUUAAAAUAAUAAUUUGCUUCUCUGAAUGCAAACUAUUAAGGAGUGUGGCCUAUUGGUAAAUAAGCCUAGUACAAUGAAAGAACCCAUUACUGUAGUGAUGGUAAACUUUAACUUUAACCUGGGGUGUUCCUGAUCUUCAUUUCUUUUGAUACCAGCCAACCAACCAUAUGUCUGACUGAGCGUGAUGGCAAAUGUAAUUCAGAUACAGCUCAGAUGCGAAAGCUCAGAUACAGGUUGGCCAUCUCUGUGCUGUUCUGUCCAACAUUUAAUAUUGCAUCUUUUUUUCAGAUUCUGACACUCAUCUGUGUAAUUAUUUUGUGUAAUUGUAACAUGCAGGGUUUGGGUUCUGAGUGUUCUAACAAUUACUGGAAUCAGUUUAAGGACUAUCUUUCCCCCUCCCCCCUUUAUAUAAAACAUCAAACAUCAUAGCUUUUCACUUGUUUCCAAGUUGUGGUCUAGAUUGUAAAAUUACUCUCUUAAUGACAAAAAAAAUUGUUUUUUUUUUUCCUUCAAUUAUGUCCAUUUUACUUCAAAACAGGAAAUAAUAUGUGUGGAGCAAAACAGUUCAAAACAGUGUCAGGUAAUCAGAGCACUAUACAGAAAAUAAAAUAAACAUAGUACAUGCCUGCAGAAAUCUAUGUGCUCUUGCACAGAGACAUACCUGUAGGAGGAACAGAGGUGUUGAAAUCAGAUGUGAGAAAAGACUCUCUCACGCUCCAUUAUGAAUAGACAAAAUGCAUAGACUAGUGUUGUUUUGUGCUCUAGUAAGUAAUGGGCAGCUUACUUGUUACAGUACCUCAGUAUAGAACUAAACAUUAAGAACAGUCCAUAAAGAAAAGAACACAGGCACAGAAUUCAUAAAGCGACUGGAAAAGAUUUUAAAAAGAGGGUAAGUUAGUACACGCUGUCCAGCCAUCCUCCGAGCCAAUAUCAGCUUGCCUGGCGAUAACAUCAAAGAAGAGGGUCCUUAAAACUGUGCUGGUAUCAGUCCUAUCCCAUAGAGUAGUGUCAUCUUAUCUAUGCUGUUGAUUUAUUCAAAUAUUUGUGUCCAGAGCUGCGCUUUGUACAUGUUUGUAAAAUCAGCUUGGCCAGGGCCUCAUCGACCUGCCUCUAAAAUCCGUCAAUUGGAGAACAUGACCCAACCAGAUGUGAAGCAGCGAUCCUCCUGGUGCACCACAUCUCCAACAGAUGUCCAGGUUGUAAUGGAGAUGUUGAGGAGAUAUAAUAUUAAUGCACACCCUCUGCAAUCUAUUCCCCACUGUUCAACUGUAAUCUGUGGUUUAAGUAAUUGAAGAGUUGUUGGAUAAUGCCAAACUAAACCAAUAACCCACUCAUGACCAAGCCAAGUAUAACUUUUCUAUGUGUCAUAAAUCGCUUAAAUAGGAAAGAAAUAUUGCUUAGGGACACAGUCAGAAUUUGCUUUAUAUAACAGCAGUGUUUCUGCUGAUGCCUGAAAUGACCAUUGGUUUUAAAUAAUACACCAAUGUGGCUCUGCAAACACGGAAACAUUUUAACUAUUUUUAUCUUCAAUCUUUGAAGGCUAUUUAUAAACCCUUAUGUGAUGCACAAAGUGUGAGGAUUUAGUCUCACCCUAUGGCCAUAUUGUGUUUACACUCACUACUUUUAACAGACUGGUGAGUCCUAAUCGAAAUUUUUUAAUAUUGACACAAGAGAAGCGUGCUACUAGCUGCCUCGCUGUCUAUCUGCUCUACAGAACUCUCCCACAAUAUAAGCACUUUUCAUUAAAUAUAUUGUGGUCAGGUCUAAUAUUAAAUAGAGAAAAAAAAAAAGUUCUAAAAAGUGAUCUUCCUUGUAACGUAAUACCUGUAAAUCUGAGAUGGAUUGUUGUCCACCUGAGCCAUUUUAGAGAAUGUAAACCCCUAAUUAAAUGCUUUGUUUCCAGGGUGUUCCAGUCAUGGCGAUAAGAAAUAAGAUGAUCUCAGAAGGACUCAAUCCUGAUUAUCUAGAGUAAGUAUUUUGUUUGUCUUUUUUGUCAAAGUGUCAAAGGUAGAAGCUACGUCAGUACUUGUUCAGAAUCUCAAACAUGACUGACAUGAGUUUUCUUAUAACCCAGUAUAGGAGGCACAUGGAGGAUGAUAGAUGCUUUGUACCAAUUCUGUGAAAUAGAAGAGAAAUUAAAACAAUGUUAUCCCUACACUAUGCUUGUGUGAUGUUUGCACAUUGAGGCUGAAUUUUUGUAGUACAUGCAGCUGCCCUAAAUGCUUGAGCACAGGCAUAGUAAUAUUAUACAGCCCUAUUAACUGGAUCUUCUAAGCACCAAAACCACUGCUUCUAAAUGUAGUGUUUUUGGGAACUAGAUGUUGUCCCUUUGUAUGCCAAUAUAAAACAUGGACGUUUCAGGGAAUCGGAGAUGUUUACUUCAACCACUAGUGUCAUUAAUGGUGAUUACAUUUGGUUCAUGACGCACUGCAUGAUGACAAAGAAUGCGGCUAAUGCUUAUCAUGUGAUUUAGAAUCCCAUUUUCUGGACAUUAUUUUACACGUGUCUUAAAAUAUUAUUUUACAAUGUGUGUCAAGUUUGGUGAAUACGCCUAGCUUUUGUAGUUGUCAGACUUCCAAGCUUUGGCUAAUAUAGAAGUCUGUAUAUUUUUUUUUUUUCUCUAUUUAUUUCUUGUGUGAGGUAAGUUCUGCACAAAGCCAUUUAAAUUACUGUAUAUCUUAUUUUCACAGGACCCCAGACGCUCCAAUACCUGAUGGAGAGCCAGCAGCUGAUGAAAGCUCUGACAGUGAAUCCUCAUUUAGUGAUUGAAUUCUGUAGGUUUUUUUCUACCAUAGUCUUUUGUAUAAGCUAGACUGGUCCAUUAUACAGGCACCACAUCAUGAAGAACAAAUUAAUGUUAAAUGUCAUAUAUUACUACUGGUCGCAAAUAUCUGCAUGAAUUGCAUAAAACACAACUCCCAACAGCCUCAGAACCAGAGAAGCAGUCCUGCCAUAUUUCAUUCCAAUUCUGUCCAUGCAAGACACUUUGUGUCACUCUGACCGUGCGCAGGGCCAGAUGCACCACUGAUGUGCCCUUCUUCACGUGCACUCCAAUUUUCUUCCCCAUUACCCCUCUAACGCCAUUCUAAUACCUCCUAGGGAGUUACUGUACAUUAACAGGUUUUUUUUUUUUGAUGGUUUUUCUUUAUAUGUUAAGUUUCAUAAAGCAGUGUUGCCUUACUAUGUGGAUAUUUACUCACUAAAUAAAGCACUGGAGGUUAUGAUGCUAGGAGUACCCUGGCCCAGUUCCCCAGUAAGUGGGCAAACCAUUUUUCUCUCUAAUGCAGACUUUUUCGUUACUACCUAUUAUUUUCUGAUCUACUUGAAAGAUUUCAAGAUCUCUGUCCUAUGUCAAUGGGCUUGUAAGGUAUGCACUGUAAGUACUGGCUCUCAGUAUAACUGUCUGUCUACAUGCUCCCUUUAUGGAAGGCACUACAAAGUAGAGUGUUAAAGCUUUAACAGUGUUAACAUUGAGCAGUGGCAAGGACCUAGGGGACUCCAGGCACUAAAUGGGAUGUUGCAUUGAAUGCCUCUUUAAUACAAUUCUCACUAAUGCACCUCUGUUUCUGUUAGCAAACAUGUAUUUUUAUUAAACUGAUAAAACAAAACAAAUACUGUUUGUAUAUUUGUUACUGGUAAAUUGCUCGGAAAGAUUUUACUCUUGUAGAAUGUGGUC